CAUCAUUGAGUUCCUUUCACCUUCAUCACUCAAUACACUGACUUUCGAAGAUGCUGAAGGUUACGAUUUUAACUGCAAUAUUUAGUAUAUUGGUAUGGAUAAACUGUGAUCUUAUUGAAAGUUCAAUGGGGGAACCUGGAGUACCAGGUCCGCAAGGACCCUCAGUUAAAGAUGGUCUACCUGGACAACCUGGUGUACCAGGUCCAGCUGGUAUGCCAGGGCCACCAGGUUUUCCUGGUGCACCAGGUGGAGAUGGGCUACCAGGUCCGCCUGGUGUACCAGGAGUGCCAGGUAAAGAUGGGCUACCAGGUCCAAUCGGGGAAGCUGGGAUACCGGGUGCAGUUGGGCUACCAGGUCCAGCUGGUGCCCCAGGAGUGCCAGGUAAAGAUGGGCUACCAGGUCCAGCUGGUGCACCAGGAGUGCCAGGUAAAGAUGGGCUACCAGGUCCAGCUGGUGCACCAGGAGUGCCAGGUAAAGAUGGGCUACCAGGUCCAGCUGGCCCAGCUGGACCAAAAGGUCCUUCUGGUCCAGUUGGACCACCAGGUCCGCCUGGUCCACCUGGUCCACCAGGUCCGCCUGGUCCGCCUGGGCUACCAGCUACUACAGUUCCUGGAUCAGAGGAUGGACCAGAGAAAAAUUCUGGGAAUUACAAGAGCUUGGGAUGCUACAAAGACAAGCGUAAAAUCAAUGCUAGACCUUUUCCAAACAUGAUCUCGAACUUCAGGGCUGCAAUUGACUGGAAUGACCCAAAGACGUCGAUGACGUCUGUCAUCGACAGGUGUGCUAAAGAGGCAAGACGACGUGGGUACAAGUAUUUUGGAAUCCAGUUUUACGGCGAAUGUUGGAGUGGUCCUGAUGGUGCUGUACGUUACGACAAAGACGGCCUGUCCACUGACUGCUGGAGUGGUGUUGGUAAAGGAGGGUCUCUAAAGGUUUACCAACUGGUUGAUCAACAAAGGUGAUCCUGUCUUAAAAGUACAGUAUGAAUUAGCAAUAAAUAUACUUUUAUCGC